AUGAACGGCUGCGAUAGAAUAAGAACAACACCCUAUCAUCCGGAAUCUAAUGGUAUAAUAGAAAGAUGGCAGCGCACUCUUAAAUCCGCGCUUAUGUGUCAUUCUGACAAGAAUUGGGUACGAUCUCUUUCCACUGUUUUAAUGGGUCUUAGAAAUAAUAUUUUUGACUCAGGCGCAUUACCGACCGAAUUCCUAUAUGAUAUUAAGCAAACGACAACAAAAUUUGGCUUGAAAAUUGUGGCUGAAAUCAAUAGUGAAUACGUUGUAUUUUUACCACAAAGAAUGGUAAAGGUUCUGAAAAUUGAUGAUGAAUCAUUGACUCACUUACAACAAGCAGCAGAAAAAGGAGAAUUACAAUUAAAAUUUUUGGGUGGAAAAUAUAAUUACUUUGAAUUUGUGUCAAAAGCAGAAUAA